ACGAUCAAUUUUAUGCCUUCUCUGUCAAGUACAGAUUACAGAACAAGCAAUGAAGGAACAAGAAAAUGCACGAACUACCUAUGGUGCAAAACAGAUGGAAAAGAAGAGGAAAAAGGUUAUGGAAUGUAUAGCUGCAUGGUUCAACGAAGCUGGGAUUCCUUCUAAUACUGUUUGUCUGGAGAGUUUCGACUUAAUGUUAGAAGCAAUUGGACAAUUUGGCCCUGGUUUACGGGCUCCAUCUCCAGAUGAGCUUGACGGGCCAUUAUUGCAGAAACAAGUUUUGGCUAUUAAUAAUUCAAUUGAAGCGCUGAAGAAAUCUUGGGCAUUGGAAGGAUGCUCCAUUCUGGUUAACAUUGGGUAUGGUGAUAAUGAAUCUUUGGUUUUAAACAUGGCAGUCCAUUGCUCGCAGGGAGUGUCUUUCCUUCGUUCCACCCUUCUACCAUCAGAUAGAGACUUUGAAUCAUAUAUUUUUGAACUAGUUGACUCUUGUAUUGAAGAAGUUGGAGAGAACAAUGUGGUGCAGGUUGUCACAGACAUCCAUUCGGAAAUGAGGUCAGCAAAAAUGCUUACUGACAAGAGACCGAAUAUAUUUUGGACUCCCUGUGCUGCAGAUUGCAUUGGCAUGAUGUUUGGAGACAUAUGUGGCACUCGUUUCGUCAGGAAAAUAAUUGAUAAGGCAAGGUUACUCGCUGCUUUCAUUUAUGGCCGAACACAUUUGUUGGACAUGGUGCGGCAGUUCACUAGUCAAUGGGAUUUAGUUCAUGUUGGGAUCACUGAUUGCAUCACUUGCCUCUUGAACCUGAGGAGUCUUUAUGAUAAGAGGAUUGAGUUGAAGGCUCUGUUUAUUUCCAAAGAAUGGGAGGACAGCAAAUGGGCUAAUGGAGCUGUGGGCAAGAAAUUCUAUAAGCUAGUAGUUAGUAACGAGUUUUGGCAUGGGGUGCUAUAUACUAUAAACAGUUUUGAACCACUUGUGGAUGUUCUGAGGAAGAUGGCUGGUGGUAGACUCUCCAUGGGGUACAUAUAUGGUGAGAUUGCAAACACUAAAAGGGAAAUUGCCAUGCGUUUUGAAAACAAGGAAGAGCAGUAUUUGCCAAUAUGGCUGUCGAUAGAUUCUAGAUUACGUGAUUCCCUCAUGACACCAUUGCAUCUAGCUAGUUAUUAUCUUAAUCCAUUCUUCUACUAUCAAAAUAAAGAUGAAAUUACAAAUGUGGAAAUGUUCCGAGAUGCAAUUGUUGAGUGUACGCGCAAAAUGUACCAAGAUCAGCCUACACAAGAGAAAAUUGGGCAUCAGUUGGAUCUUUACAGAACUGCUUCACAGAGUUUUGGGACAGCUCAUGCCAUCAGUAAUCAAAUGACUGCCGAUCCAGUUUCUUGGUGGGAAUUACACGGCGGUUCAGCAAAGGAGUUGAGCACAAUGGCAAUAAGGUUGUUGAGAUUAACUUCUGGUUCGCUGGCAUAUGAGGAAAGUUGGAUCCAGAAGCUUCAUAAACAGAAGCCACGUUGGGUUAAACGUAAGCAAUUUAAGGAUUCAAUGUUUGUGUCGGUGAACAGGAGGAUACAAGGGAAAGCUCAAAUGAAAGAUAGAGAUCCUGUUCUAGCAUACAUUCCUGUUGAAGAUGAACCUUUUGAGUGGCUGGUGGGCAUGUCUCGCUUUGAUGCUCUACAAGCUGGAAACCAUGCUUUACGUAUGGCACGAGCAAACAGUAGUGAGGAGGUAGGACUUUCGAAGCAAGCGAAACAACUAUUGGACUACGAUGAGUGUAUAUCCUCGGAUGAAGUGUACGAGGAUAGAGAUGAAGAAUCACCAAGUCAUUCCAGCAACAAGAGGGCAUCAUCUGGUGCCUCAUGCUCAAAGCGAGUGAAGAGGCCACGGUUGGUCCACCAGUGUGAGGGAAGUGACGGAAACAUCAGCAGCUAAGCUCUGGUUAUGAUGUCCAGGCUGUUGUUUUGUGAUUGAGAAGCUCUUAGGAUGGAGUUCCUUCUGACCUAUGUUGGACUGUUGCCUAAUGUAUGGCCUGCCUGAAGUCUGGAUGCAUUGUCUGUAUUAUCAUUUGAUUCGUAGACAUCCAAUUUGACAUUGUGUGACACUGUGACCUACUCAUCGAGCAUGCUUAGUUGGUAAUUGCUUGGUGAUAUGCACACUGAAGUGGUGGCCAGACUGGCUUUGCUAGCAUCCUUGGAAACCCGACUUGUAAGCCUCUUUUGGCUCUCUGUUCCUGCGGAGCUCCAUGUUAUGUCUCUCCAUUUUUGUUGGGGAAAAAGAAAAAAAAAUCCUGACGAUUGUUUUUUUACAACCCCGAAAA